CUGCUUCAUGCUGCUCCAGUAAAAUGAGUCUUCUGCAGAAAGUGGAACAUUGGCUUGCAUCAACAAGACAUGUUAAAGUUUCUUCACCUUGGCUUGAAGCUUGUGUUACAUGGAUUCAGCAGGAAAAUCAAGGAACAAAUUUGACCCAAGCAGAGAUUAAUAAACAAGUCUUUGAACAGUGGCUUCUUACUGACCUUAGAGACUUGGAGUGUCCAGUAUUGCCUGAAGGUGUCUCAGGAGCUCUAAAAUGUGAACUAAAUGGAAUUUAUUGCUUACAGAUUGAUUCCUUGGUUGAUGUGAGUCAGCCUGCAUAUUCUCAACUUCAAAAGCUUAGGGGCAGGGACAAUCCAAAUGAAAAAAUUACAGCAACUACACAAGCAUCGCAGAAGCCAUGGGAAGCAAAACCUACUCGAAUGCUGAUGCUUCAGUUAACUGACGGAGUGCAGGAACUUCAAGGUAUGGAAUAUCAGCCUGUUCCUUGUCUUCAUACUGAACUGUCUCCAGGAACAAAAGUUAUUUUAUAUGGUAACAUUACCUGCCGCCUUGGAGUUCUUCUACUCACAUCAGAAAAUGUAAAAGUGCUUGGAGGGGAAGUAGAAGCACUUGUAGAAGAAUAUGGCCAGGAAAAGGUUCUUGCAAGAUUAAUUGGGGACUCUGAAGAUGUUACUGCAGUUAGACCAAAUAACCAAAAUGGUAAUAUGGAAAAUGAAACUGAUGACUUGGGGCAGGUUUUUGGUCCUUCUGAUGAGGAGCUUCUGGCAAGUCUUGAAGAUGAUGGAUUUAGGAUAAAUAGUUUAGCUGAUAGUGGAUAUUUGACAAGAAACAGCACUAUAACUGCAGAUACAGCCUCCCUAAGAAGCAGACUGGAUAGAAGUCAAGCUUAUGGUUCUCUGUUAGAUGCACCUGAAGAAGAGGUGGUUGAAGUGGAUCAUCCAGCUUCACGUGGGAAUGAUGCAGAGUUUGAGGAUUUUCCUAUAGAUGAUAUAGAAGAUGAAAUGUUUUUGGAGCAAGAAAUAGAUGAAUGCUUUGUAAACCCAAAGGAAAAUGACAAUGCCAAUCAAGAAAAUGUAGAGCAGGCUGCUUACUCUAAAUGUUGUAACGAAGAGGACAUGCUUCCAACCCCUGUAUCUAAAACCAAUCAAAUUUCAUGUGAAAAUGUUUCCCAAGCGAAUAUAGCUGGUAUAUUGCAGCACAGAAAUGCAAAGCCUUCAGGAGUUCAGUGUAACGAUAAUGGAAAUAUGUUGACUGUGGUUUCAAAACCACAAGUAGCAGCAUGCAUUUCACAAAGAUCUUUGGAAAACACAAACCGUGACAGCAGUGCAGGUAGCACAAGUUGCAGUUCAGACAUUGCUAGAAUCAGACCUGUAGUUAAAUGCCAGCCUUUUGAAAACAGGCUUAUUACAAUAGGCAGCAGUAGAAAUGAAAGAGCCCAAAAAUCUGAUUGUCAUAGUAGUGCAUCAUUAACAGCUUUAGGAGUAAAAGAAAGCAACAAACCCAUAGCCAAGACUGUGUUUGAUACAGAUUAUUCUUUUACAUAUCUGUCUGUUGUGCUUUCUAGUCCUGAAUCACCUCGUGUUGUAAAAGUCAAAGCUUUUAUAGUUACACUGCUUUCAAAUCUUGCAAACAGUAGUGGAAUGUGGCGAAUACAAGCAAAAAUUUCUGAUGGCUCUGCAUAUUUAGAUGUUGAACUUGCAGAUGAAAUAUUAGCCAGCCUUAUUGGUUUUUCUGCAUCAGAAGUAAACCUCAAGAGAACACCUGACCUACGUAAAGAGUUGGUUACUGGGCUGCAGAGCUGCCAGAGAGAACUGAUAGAUAUGUGCUGUGUGAUGACCAUUAGAUUCAACCACACUAAGUCCAAAGCAGUUAUUUUGGCUUUGCAUGAUAUGAGUUUGGAGAACUUAAAGUAUUUGGAAAACAAACAUGCUGUAUAAUAACUUAUUAUCCAGAUUAAAACGUGUGCAUAUGUUAA